AUGUCAAAAGCCGACAAAAAGAAUAAAAAGGGACAGUCCAAAGCUGUUGAAAAAAAGACAACUAAUAAAACCGACAAAGCCGUUAACAAGCAAACAAACAAUAAAAACGAUGCCAUUGACGAUAAACUUCGUGAUGCCAUUUUAUCUUUGGGCGGAACUAAGAACGAUCUGAAGUUUUUAGAAAAUAUCGAUCUCGAAGAUGAUGACAAGUUAGAGACCGAUGCUAACAAUAAAGAAGAGGCUUCUCUCCAAAAAGAAUUGAAAAGUUUCAUGGCAAAUAUUGGUUUAACAUCUGACAAAUAUGAAAAGGAAGUUGAAACAGAUAAUGAAUUAGAAGAAGAGGAGAAUGAAGAAGAGGAAGAGGAAGAGGAGGAAGAGGAGGAAGAGGAGGAAGAGGAAGAGGAAGAGGAAAAUGAUGAAAAUGAUGCAGAAGAAGAGACCUUAAAGAUUCAUAAACCUAAAUCAUCAUCUGUGUUAAUUGAACCUACACCAUACUGGUACAAUGUUUCUCUUCCUAAUGUAUCUGUUGAAAAUGUAUCAAGACUAAAUGCAGCUGAAACAUCUGAAAAAUACACUUAUGCUAAACAACUCUUGAAUGAAGAAAAUACGAAAGCAGAAAAGCAUCCACUUCUUACUUCAUCUAAUCGUAACUUUAUGUCCAAUAUUAUUACAUCUGGUACUUUAAACGAUAAGGUUUCUGCUUUAACAUUAAUGAUUCGUGAAUCUCCUCUUCAUGCUAUAAAGACAUUAGAUACUUUAAUGGCAAUGGGCAGAAAGAAAGGCCGUAAUGAAGCUGUAAUGGCAAUGACUAGUUUAAAGGAUUUGUUUAUGGGUUCUGUCUUACCUGAUCGUAAAUUGAUCUAUUUUGCUGAUAGACCUCUUGCAUCUAAAGAUGUGCAAGAUGUUCAUUUGCUUUUAUGGGCAUUUGAGGAUCACCUUAAAAAAACAUAUCUUGAAUUCCUUAAAAUGGUUGAGGAACUUGCACGUGAUACUUUGAUGUAUGUUCGUAAUAAUAUGGUUGUUUGUAUGUUUGAUCUUUUAGUUAAUAAGCCAGAACAAGAGCAGAAUUUAUUAAAAUUGCUUGUCAACAAGUUGGGUGAUUCAGAUAAUAAAGUUGCAGCCAAAUCAUCACAGUUAUUGAUUGAAUUACUGGUAAAGCAUCCUGGCAUGAAGUUAUUUGUCAUUCGUGAAAUAGAGCAAUUCUUAUUCCAUCCCAGUACUAGCGAAAAGGCUCAAUACUAUGCAAUCAUUACUUUGAAUCAAACCAUUUUAACUUCAAAGGAUACAGUAGUAGCGAAUAAAUUAAUUGAACUUUACUUUAUUUUCUUCCGUAAGAUUCUAAAGAUUGUUGAAGAAGAAGAAAAGGAAGAAUUAAAGAAAAAGAAGAAGGCACAAUCUGAAGAGGAACCAGAGAAAAAGAGUGAAAAGAAGAAAGCCAAAGAAAAGCUUCAAAAGAAAAAAGAAAUGGAAUUAGAGGAUCAUCAAGCGAAAAUGAUUGCUGCUAUUUUAACUGGUGUUAAUCGUGCAUUUCAUUUUGCUAAUAUUUCUGAUGAAAUGGUUGAAAAGCAUUUAGAAGUUUUGUUUAAGAUAACUCAUUCAAGUACAUUUAAUGCUGCCAUUCAAGCUCUCUCGCUAAUUUUCACCAUUUCUCUUUCAAAGACAAAUGUAUCUGAUCGCUUCUAUCGUACAUUAUAUGAAUCAUUAUUGGAUCCUAGAAUUAGUCAUUCUUCAAAACAAGCCAUGUAUCUUAAUUUAUUGUUUAAAGCCAUUCGUGCUGAUACAGAUACUCGUCGUGUAAAAGCUUUUGUAAAAAGAAUAGUACAAAUUGCUGCACGAAAUCAACCUACUUUUAUAACUGGUAUCUUUUUCCUUUUAAGUCAGUUAAUGGAGGCUCAACCCGGUUUAAGAGCUAUGCUAAUUACUGCUGAAGACGAUGAAGAGGAAGAAUAUUUUGUUGAUGCACCUGAAGAAGAUGAUGAUGAAGAAAAGAAGAAGAAGAUUAAAGAAGAGAAAGAAAAGAGGGUUAAUACUAAAGCUCAAUAUGAUGGUAGAAAGCGUGAUCCUAGAUUCAGUAACGCUGAAAAGAGUUGUUUAUGGGAAUUGAUUCCAUUCAAAAAUCAUUAUCAUCCUUCUGUUGCUAAAUAUACUGAACAAUUAUUUGCAGGCGAGCCUAUUAAAAAUCAACCUGAUUUACAUGAUUUCACUUUAAUGCAUUUCUUGGAUAAAUUUGUUUAUCGUAAUGCAAAGAAAACAGUAACAACUAAAGGUCAAUCUAUUAUGCAGCCUCUUAGUGGUAGCAGGCGUGAUGGUGGUAUUGUAUUUACUAAAGGCAGUGGUAUCAAAGAUGCUAGUGUUGCAGUCAAUUCUGAAAAGUUUUUGAAUUUGAAGGAAGAAGAUGUCAAUGCUGAUGAAGUCUUUUUCCAUAAAUAUUUCAAUCAGAAGGCAGCAAUUGCACCUAAAAAACCAAAGAAAGAAAAGAAUCUAGAUGAGGAUGAUGAAGAAGACGAAGUAUGGCGUGCCAUGAUGUCAUCUAUACCCGGUGGAUUAGAAAAUGAAGAUGAGGAUGAUGAAGGGCUCGAAGAUGAUGAAGAUGAUGAAGAUGAUGAAGCCAUGAGAGCUUUAUUAAUGGACGAUGAGGAUAAUUUUGAAGGAGAAGGAGAAAUGGUUGAAUUUGGAUCUGAUGACGAUAAUAAUGAAACAAUGGAAGAUGAAGAUGAUAUUGAAUUAUUGAAUGCAUCAAGCAUGGAUGAAGAAGAAGUUGAAAAUAGUAAUAAACGUCCUGCAGAUUCGGAAAAUAACACAAGUCAACGUCAAAAGAAAAAACAAAAGAGAGAAAGUCUUCCUACUUUUGCUUCUUAUGAAGAUUAUGCCAAGCUUAUUGAACAAGACUUGAGUGAUGAAGAAUAA